ACCGUGAUCAUUGCCGUGAGUUAACGUUAUGUACAGCUGUGGAUGUUGCAAGAUGUAACUAUAGCCGCAGUAACCUAAUGAUUUUACUUUUUUUCUCGUCUUAUCUCGCGCACUAUUUCAGCUUUCACGAUAUAUAUCCUUUCACGGCACUGAUCAGUUUAUUGUCGUGUUUCACCACCUUUGCGUUUCCCUUUCAUCGAAUUCUUCGUAACAUACCUCCAACAUGUCAGCCGACGCCCAAACCAAGCCCAUCCACCCCAAUCAGCAGCGCCUCAUCGACCUCGCACGCGAGUUCUUCGCCGAGGUCGAGAACCUAACCCCCGGCAAAGACCUCGAGGCCCGUCUGAACACCGAUUACGGCCGCGGCAACCGCUACUAUGAUGGCUUCUGCUCGCUCAUCCAGGGCGGGCUCACCAAUAACGAGGGCUGGGUUGCCACCGACCCCCUCGAUGGGCCCAAGUACCGCCGCUCCAAGGUUGCGUGGCCGAGCGAGGAGAACCGCUUCUUCAGCAUCACCACGGUGUACAUGGAGAGCAUCGAAGAAUACCGCGGCCAGUACCAUCAGCAUCCAUAUGGCGAGAUUAACUGCGUCAUCCAGCUGACGCCCGGCGCGGAGCUGAUGGGCAUGAAUGGCUGGCAGGGAGAGGGCUGGACGAGCCCUGGCCCGGGGACGCACCAUUAUCCCGAGGUGAGGGGAGGGGCGCUCAUAGCAUUGUUUUUCUUGCCGGCGGGGAGGAUUAGUUAUGAGGCGAAGCCUGGGAUGCCGCAGCCGAUAAGCGUGUAAUACUUGACAAUGCCAUUGUCAGAAUGGGGAUGUUCUUGAUUGUAGUAGCCUAGGCGAAUUGGAAUUUAAAGGAAAUUCACUUUAGAAAUAGGUAUACUAUACGAACAUUUUCUUUGGUUUUGUUUGGCAAUAAGUAAAUAAAUAUCACCCCUG